AUGAUGUUGUUCUUCAUCUCGCUUGUGGUCAUUUCUACAACUACAAAGAGUGAUUUCACUGCUGCCGACAUUCCGCAAUCUAACUCUAUCCUUGGUCAAAACGAAAAAUUGGUGACAGUAGAUGUAGUCGGUGAAUCAAUGUGUCCGGAUACCACACGGUUCGUCACAACCCAAUUAUUGCCAGCCUUCAAAAAAUUCCGCUCUCGUCUUCAAAUUAACUACCAUCCUUAUGGCCCCACCAUGCGUACACUUUGCUACCAGAGCGAAAGCGGAACAGUGGUGUGUAAAUGCCAACACGGACCAGAAGAAUGUCGAAAGAACGCGUUACAAGCGUGUGUAAUAGAUGCCUUGCUCAACGCAGUAAAUUAUCUGGAUAUCGUAGCGUGUAUCCAAGGUCCAUUUGGAUUCAGUGACGCAUAUACUAAAUGCAUUGCGAAUUCUACAGUUUCUGGAAAACUGGAUCAAAAUAAGAUGUUCCAAUGCGCAAAUAGUGAUGAAGGUAGGCUGUUGAUGGCUAAACAUGGUACAGAAUCGGUCAAAUUUGGUGCAAAUAUAUACUGGGUCCCAUGGAUCGCUAUAAAUGGGGUACGGGUCCCAGCAGCUGAAAAACGAUUCGAGGAUGUCUUAUGCAACCAAUAUUUUGAUCCUCGACUUUCAGAGUGCCAAAGCCUAAAACCCUAG